AUGGCUGCACAAAUACCAGAAUCUGAUCAGAUAAAACAGUUUAGGGAAUUCCUAGGAACCUACAAUAAACUUAUAGACACCUGCUUUUUGGACUGUGUAAAAGACUUCACCACAAGAGAAGUAAAACCGGAAGAGCAGAAUGAAGUCCUGGCAGGACUCCUUGGUCAACCAUGA